AUGUCGAAGCUUAUCGACUUCGCUGAAGUGCAGAAGCACAAGUCCAAGACCUCUUGCUGGGUGAUAUUGUACGGGACAGUAUACGAUGUCACCGACUUCCUGCCCAGCCACCCGGGCGGCGCCAACAUCAUCCUCAAGCUUGCUGGGAAGGACGCGACGGAAGAAUACGACCCGAUCCAUCCCCCGGGCACCCUCGAAGAGAACCUGCCUGAGUCCGCAAAGAUCGGCCCUAUCGACCCCAAGACCCUCCCCGAACCAGUGAAGGCGGCGACGAACGUUGGGCCCGGACCAACAAGCCCCGAGGGGGUCGAACUGCCACUCGCGGCGCUGCUGAACCUGGACGAGAUAGAGGCCGCGGCGAAGAGAAAGAUGUCGAAGAAAGGAUGGGCUUACUACUUUUCGGCCGCCGACGACCUGGCGAGCAAACACUUCAACAACACGGUCUACAGACAGAUCCUCUUGCGCCCGCGCGUGUUCGUCGACUGCGAAAAGUGCGAUCUCAGCACAAGCUUCCUGGGCCACAAGAUGGACCUUCCAAUCUUCGUUUCACCUGCGGCCAUGGCGCGACUGGCCCACCCAGAUGGAGAAUGGGGCAUAGCACAGGCCUGCAAGAAGUUCGGCACGAUUCAGAUCAUCUCCAACAAUGCAAGUCAGACGCCGGAGCAGAUAGUCAAAGACGCCGGGCCGGGCCAGGUUUUUGGGUGGCAGCUCUACGUGCAGCGAGAACGGAAGAAGUCGGAGGACAUGUUGGCACGGAUAAACAGGUUGGACGCGAUCAAAUUCAUCUGCCUGACGCUCGACGCGCCCGUGCCGGGCAAGAGAGAGGACGACGAACGUGGCAAGUUCAUCGUCGAGGAUCAGAGCGAACUCAUCAAAGAUGCCGGAGGUACCGAGCUCAAAGGAGGCGGCGGCAUCGGGCAGUCACUGUUCUUCGGCACCGAUCCGACCCUGACCUGGUCAAAAACCUUGCCGUGGCUGAAGAAGCACACCGACAAGCCCAUAAUCCUCAAGGGCUUGCAGACACACGAGGAUGCCUACCGCGCCGCUCAGUACCCGGACCAGAUCAAGGGCAUCAUCUUGUCAAACCAUGGCGGCCGGGCCUUGGACACGGCGCCCCCGGCCAUCCACACCCUGCUGGAGAUCCACAAAUACUGCCCGGAGGUCCUCACAAAGAUAGACGUGGUUGUCGACGGAGGAAUCAAGCGCGGUACCGACGUGGCCAAGGCUUUGGCCCUCGGAGCAAAGGCUGUUGGGUGUGGACGUGGCGCGCUGUUCGGCUUAGCAGCUGGUGGAAUUGCCGGUGUCGAGCGUGUCCUUGAGAUUCUGCGCGACGAAACUGCCACAGCCGCACGACUGCUGGGUGUUGAGAAACUGUCGGAGCUCGGUCCAGUACAUAUCAACACCAGGGCUGUUGAGAGAGACAUCUAUGACGGCCCGGCAAAUCUCCCUGGCUUCCAGGGCGCAAUGAAGGGGCUUUGGUCCAAGCCAAAGCUCUGA